CCCUUUGGGUAAGUUUAACGUUUCGGAUCGAGAUUUUGGGAUGAUGCAAUGAGAGCUGAGACUGAUGAGCUUGUGUGUUUUUUAUUAGGAUGCUAUCUUAUCACGUGGGAAAAUCGUCGACUUCGUGAUGGACGACGUUAAGGGCUUCCAUGAUGAUCUGGACGAUCUGGAAGGGGACGAGAAAAUGUUCGAAGCCAAUGAGACUGAGCUGGGCAAACCUACGACAGACAUGACAGAUUCCCCCAAAUCGGCAAUCCUGCCAGUGCCCGAGCUAAGCGAUGACCUGGAAACAACAGCCAGAAAGAUGACAUCCCUCGCCAAGGUCAUCCAGGACGGAACCCACCUCACCAUCUGGACAGGCUGGAAGCUGGCGUCCAACCAACCACGCGACCCGAAGAGCAUCGCCAAAUCCGAAAUGAGCAUCCCCGAACUAGAAGCCUACGAGUUAUGGAAUGAGGGCAAGGGCGUGACACCGCCGACGAUGGACUGGAAUGCCAACGUGGCCGCGGUGCCGGACGGAAAAAACAGCCUGAAAAGACUCACGCAGCGGGCGGCUGCAAUGGACGUGGUCUGGGGACGACGUCAGGGGACAACGCUGCCCGAGCAUGCUGCGUGGCUGACCUUUAACAUGGGGUCAGCGUUGCCCCUCGUCAAGGCCGUGACUCGGAUGUUGAAUGCGGAAAGAUAUUAUGGAAACGAACCCCGCGCCCGGAUGACUGAUCUGGAAGCUGCCGAGUUAGAUACGCUAUGCAAGAUCCGAGACACCGCAGAGAGAAAUCGCUCACGAGAGCUGGCGAGGAUUCGGAAGCUCAUGAGGGAAAUUGUGCACGCGCAGGGAGUCAUUGGGACUCGGAUUCGAGCUCUGGAGAGGAAGCACCCAGGUAUUCAAGACUAGUGGAGACGAACUACUGUGUAGCUGUGGAGGUGCCCAAUAAAUGAGGAUAGCCGAUAGCUAAUGAUCACGAAGGUAAUGAUAAUAUGAGUCUCGCAUUCUGGAUAUCUUGUCUUGAUAGUUUUCACAAUUCAUAGCGAUUCAUACGAGAUAAAACACCAUGACGCAAGGCGCAAUACGGUAAACGAACCACUCGCGCCGAUUGGCCGCCGGCGAAGUCGGAUAUUAAGCUGGGACGCCGUGAAUCGCGCCAGGCCC